CGUUUCGCCGGCCGAUAUAACGUAGGGGCUCAUUCGGAAGGCUUCAAAUAAUUUCCGGGUCCUCGAAAGAUAGCACCAGGGUGCAGCCGUUGACGCUACAGGUCGCAGCCGGUAGCAGACACACCGUCAACAUGAGAGUUUUCCUGAUCACCUCAGCUUUAAUAGCACUAGCUUCUGCCCGACCAGAAGCUGGCUACAGUUACCCCGUACCUUCCGGCGCUCAGCUCACCCUCCCAGGACCCAGCAUCGGAGGCAGCCACGGCAUAUCCAGCAUUAGUCUAGCUACAUCCGGCGCCUCACUGGGCAGCAGUUCCUCCCUGAGCAAUCACGACAUCAGCCACAUCAGUUUAACCGGCGGAGGUAGCGGCUACACAGGAGGAAGCAGCUACUCCAACGCAGGAAGCUACAGCAGUGGAUCUGGUUUGUCAUCUCUAUCUGGAGGACACGGAUCCUCAUUUGGAGGAGCUUCGCUGUUAUCUGGAGGCCACGGUUCUUCAUUCUCUAGUGGAUCUAGCUUGUCAUCCUCCUCUUUGUCUGGAGGACAUGGAUCUUCAUUCGGAGGACAUGGAUCUUCAUUCGGAGGACACGGAUCUUCAUUUGGUGGACCCGCUCUAGUAUCUGGAGGUUCUUCCUUUGGAAGUUCUUCAAGUUCCGCAUUCUCCGGAGCAAGCGCAGGAAGUUUCAGCUCUGCUGCAUCUCUAGGAAACAUCGGUGGAGGUUCUACUUUGGUCCAGAAACACAUUUACGUUCAUGUACCACCUCCAGAACCUGAAGAACUCAGACCUCAACGCAUUAUUCCUGUAGCACCACCUCAAAAGCACUACAAAAUCAUCUUUAUCAAAGCCCCAUCUCCACCAGCACCUACCGUACCUUCCAUUCCUCUUCAACCGCAAAACGAAGAAAAGACUCUGGUUUACGUGUUGGUUAAGAAGCCCGAUGAACAGCCUGAAAUUAAUAUUCCUCAGCCAGUGCCUACUCAACCCAGCAAACCAGAAGUCUACUUCAUUAGAUACAAAACCCAGAAAAAUCAAGCAGCUGGUGGAUUCUCCAGCGGUUCUUCAUUGUCCAGCGCUAGCUUCGCCGGAGCAGGAGCUUCUCUAGAUGCAGGAUCAUUAGCUGGAGCUGACUUUUCCAGUUCAGCUCUAGCAGGCUCGUCUCUGAGCUCUGGAUCUCACGGAUCCUUGGCUGGAUUAUCCAGUGGCGGACUUAGCAGUUUCUCAACGUCUCACAGCGGUUCUUUCUCCUCUGGAUCAUCCGGAGCAAGUAUCAGUAGCUCAUACGGACCCCCGGGAUACGUCAGUGGAAAACCAGAAGGUCCGUACUAAGUUGUUUUGUAAAAAAGUGAUGUCGAGGUGGUUAUAGAAAGACUUGAGGGAUGCAAAAGGCGGGUUUUUCCUUUUCUAGUGGUGGACUUUAAAAAAUCCGCAUGCGUGACCCGAAUUAAUAAAGUUAUAAGCGUGAUAGUCAUGUUAUUGUACAUUGUAGUCAUUAAUUAUCAUUGUAAUCGUACCAUACUGCCAUAUUAGAAUAUAAGAUGGAUUGUAUUCUAUUGUUAAAUAAACGAUUAUGUUUUUAGUUUGUAAGAAACGGUGACAAAUCUAGCAAGUAGGACGUUAUUUAAAUUGAAAUAAAUUAUUUUUGUAUACGAA